CCCAAGGCCUAACAGUCCUACGCUAUAAGGUGAUCAAUGCCGUUCUCCCGCUUUGAGCAGGAGGCAGAAAGCGACACCACUAAAUUAUCAUGAAUCCUUCUGUCUGAAAUCGAAGACCUAUUCUAUGUAUUAGCAAAAGCAGCCUGAUGACCGGCGCCUUUUACUUGGAUUCAGUAAUUCCUAGGCCCCGUAUUAGACUAUACUGGGCCAAAUCAUUGCAUGUUCCCUCAUCCACCCCAAAAUGUGGUCCAUGGCUGGAUGUCGACGCCGAACAUUCGGGGAACUCGGGAUAUAUUGUCCAGCAGCCUCUCCACUAUCUGGCUGUGCACCUGGACAUGCCUUUGUCUCAACAUACCCCUAGCACGCUCCCGUCGGGGGUAUCGCGCUCUCUUGCACAAAUUCCGCUGGCAGCUCUUUGCCAUCUUCUUCCCGGAAGUGCUGGUCGGUACUGCAGCUGAACAAUGGUUGUCCGCCCGCCAGUCGGUGACAGCAUUUUCCCGGCUGGGCCAUUCUCAAUGGACCAUACGACACGGUUUCUUUGCUGAUAUGGGCGGUAUCCUGGUUGCGUUUCGAGAUUGCGAACCGUUUCCUGUUGACAGCCAGCAACUCGCCUACCUGGUGGAAAAUAAACACCUAGCCAUGCCGGCCAUCUCAGUAGACGACAUCCUGUGUGUGGAUAAAGCAAAUGGGCUGGCACGCUUUCUUACCAUGGUUCAGAUGCUCUGGUUCUGCGUCUCCUGCAUCGCGCGAGGGGCGAGUGGUCUGGGAUUCUCGACGCUUGAAGUGUCGACACUUGCCUUCAUCUUCUGCACGUUGCACACUUUCUUCUUCUGGUACUAUAAACCUCUGGAUCCGGAAUUACAGAAAAUCGUGCCCGUGGUCACUGACAUCACGCACUUAUUUCAACGUUCUGGCAUUUCUCUUGAUUCCCUAGAAUCUUAUACAUUGACGCCGCUCGACUUCGUCAAGCCGCCCCCAGAUUCAAGGAGCCUUAUCACGCCAUUCUGGUUCGGACUCAUGGUUGUCUUCGGCCAGGUGCGCAGGAGAUAUCUUGCUUCAAAUUUUAUCUUUUUAGAAUUCUGAAUGAGAUAGAAGCUCUUCACCUUGGGCCAUGUGGAAAAUUGUUGAGGCACUUCAAGCAGUGGCAUACAGGUGUAAAUACCUAUGAGACAGAGUGCUUGAUGAGUGCCAAUUCUUUUUCACGCCCAGCGUGCCAGCCAAGCAUGGCUCCCUGGUGGUGUGCCUCUACUGGUCGAAGUGAUGUCUCGCCUGAAGUGAUACUCGUGUUGGUCAUUGAAAUAUUCUAUGUGCUUUGCAACCCAAAGCCGUAUG